CUAUGUUACAGAAUUCAAUGGUUGAAUCAUUUCACGCCAACUGAGCGAUCGUUCGUGCAUAAAUAUUAAAAUUGUUCGAUUCCUGCAAGUGAAGUGAAAGUAAUUAUCAUCGAUAAUAAUCUCAUAUUAUUAUCAGUGAAUAAAUACAAGUAUCCAAAUAAUGUUUCGCAUUACCAAGACGCUCUCGUCAGCUCCCAAGAGCCUUAAUAAGGUUCUCGAAACGUCUUUAGGAACCAAGAUUACACCGAGAUGUUUGGCUACCCAAGCUGCAGUGAAACCACUCAAGGAGGAAAGACAGCAGGAAAGUGCCGCCACAAAGGAGUCUCAGUCCUUCACCAUGAAUCUCUUUCGUGGUCAAUUGCAAUUGAGUCAGGUGUUUCCAUAUCCAGAAGCCAUGAACGAGGAGCAAACUGAUACGAUAAGACAACUCAUUGAUCCUGUGGAGAGAUUUUAUGAGAAUGAAAAUGAUCCGGUUAAGAACGAUCAGAACGCAUGCGUGGACGAGAAAACGGCGGAUGCACUCUGGAAAUUGGGCGGAUUCGCUCUGCAAGUGCCCGAGGAAUUUGGCGGACUAGCACUGACAAAUACUCAAUACAGUCGAAUCGUCGAAAUAUGCGGCUAUCACGAUUUGGGUUUAGGUAUCAUGCUCGGCGCGCAUCAGAGUAUAGGCUUUAAGGGUAUACUUCUAUACGGCACUCCGGAACAAAAGGCCGAAUAUCUGCCCAGGGUCAGCAACGGCGAGUACGCUGCUUUUUGCCUGACAGAACCGAGUUCCGGUUCCGAUGCCGGCUCGAUACGUUCACGCGCAGUCAAGUCCGCGGACGGGUCGCACUACGUUCUCAACGGCAGCAAGAUCUGGAUAUCGAACGGCGGUAUCGCCAACAUCAUGACCGUCUUCGCGCAAAUGCCCCUCAAGGAUCCGAAAACGGGCGAAAUGAAGGAGAAGGUGACGGCUUUCAUCGUCGAGAGGGGAUUUGGUGGUGUCACCAGCGGGCCGCCUGAAAAAAUGGGCAUUAAAUGUAGCAACACGGCAGAGAUUUUCUUCGAGGAUGUCAAAAUUCCAGCCAAGAAUCUCCUCGGCAAGGAGGGUGAAGGUUUUAAGGUUGCGAUGAAUAUUUUGAAUAAUGGUAGAUUUGGUAUGGCUGCGUGUCUCUCCGGCACCAUGCGUUACUGCCUCGAUAAGGCCCUGAGUCACGCGACGCAACGCGUGCAAUUUGGUCGCACGUUGGACAAUUACGGCACCAUACAGGAAAAGUUGGCGCGUAUGGCUAUACUACAUUACAUCACCGAGUCUCUCGCAUACACAAUUUCUGGUAAUAUGGACUUAGGAAGCCAAGAUUAUCACCUAGAAGCAGCAAUUUCGAAGUGUUUCGCAUCCGAAUCUGCGUGGACGGUAUGCGACGAAGCUAUUCAGAUCUUAGGCGGUAUGGGUUUCAUGGCUGAAGCUGGUUUGGAGCGUGUGAUGCGCGAUCUGCGGAUAUUCAGAAUCUUCGAAGGAACAAACGACAUUUUGCGUCUGUUCGUGGCGCUCACCGGGAUCCAGUACGCCGGUGGUCACUUGAAAGAACUACAAAAAGCCUUUAAAAAUCCCACGGCGAAUCUAGGGCUGAUCGUCGAGGAAGCUACCAAGCGAGCGACCAGAGCGAUCGGUUUAAGAUCGCCGCCUACCUUUGGAGAUUUAGUUCAUCCGAGAUUGGCGGAGAGUGCCGCGCUUUGCUCGAAGAGCGUGGAGACUUUUGGUCAAGUGAUAGAGAACGUUCUUAUUAAAUACGGACGAGGGAUUGUAGAGGAACAGUUUAUCCUCAACAGAAUCACGCAGGCUGCUUUCGAUACGUAUACAAUGGCGGUUGUGUUGAGCAGGGCGAGCAGGUCGUUGAAUAAGAAUCUCUCUAGUGCGGAACAUGAAUUGUUAAUGACGGAAACUUGGUGCGCAGAGGCGUCCAGCCGUGUUGCAUAUAAUCUGAAGCAAGUCAAUUCUGGUAAGCACUUGGACAUCUUUUCUAAAUUGAGUAAAAUUUCGAGGAACGUAUGCGAUGUCGGCGGGUGCGUGCAAUUGAAUCCUCUGGGCUUUUAAGGGUAUUGUACAUUUAUCUUGUAAGAAACGACUUAUCUAAUUUUUAAUUACAAUAAUCUAUGUGAAUAUAAAAAAUAGGAAUUG